AGAAAUCGGAGAGAGACAGUAGUCAAAAGGGAUUUAGGGUUAGGGUUUUUGAAGCUCUCUCAAUUGCAAUGGAGGAGAUCACGGACGGCGUGAACAACAUCACCAUCAACGCCUCCGAUUCGCACAAGAAGAACCGAAUUCAGGUCUCAAAUACCAAGAAGCCGCUCUUCUUCUAUGUUAAUCUUGCCAAGAGGUAUAUGCAACAGUACAAUGAGGUGGAGCUCUCCGCUUUGGGAAUGGCUAUUGCCACGGUCGUUACAAUUGCAGAAAUUCUGAAAAACAAUGGGCUGGCAGUUGAGAAAAAAAUCAUGACAUCAACUGUUGACAUUAAGGAUGAUUCUAGGGGGAGGCCAGUCCAAAAAGCCAAGAUUGAGAUUGUACUUGGGAAGUCAGAAAACUUUGAUGAUUUGAUGGCCGCUGCAGCCGAGGAGAGGGAAAUUGCAGGUGCUGAGGAGCAAAGCUGAAAAAUAUUCUCUGUUUGGAGCUUCUCUUACAGUGUGUUUGGCUUGUAUUAUGUGCUCUAAAGCUGGUUAUGGAAAUAAAUUUUGGUAAAGUAUAUUAUUCAAGCAUAGAAUAUUUUAUGGAAAAGGCAUUUUCUGUAUGCUAUAACCUCUUUUUCCUCCA